GCCAGAACGUCGCUCACUACGCUCCUUUCCUCCUUGUUACUACUUGUAUACCAUCAUGAUACCCAUAACGAUAAUAACAGGCUUUCUAGGCUCAGGCAAAACUACACUCAUCCUCAAUCUGAUACCGCAGCUCCCUAGGACUUACAAACUCGCCCUACUGAAGAACGAAUUCGGCGACGUCGCUAUCGACUCCCAAUUGGCCUCCUCGAACGCGAUAUCCGGUGUCCAAGAACUCCUCAAUGGCUGCAUAUGCUGUAACCUCGUCGGCCAGCUCUCCGAUGCUCUAGAGACCCUCGCCCGAGACAUUACGCCCGAUCGCAUCGUUGUCGAAACGUCUGGCUCUGCUUUUCCUGCUACAUUGGCUAUGGAAGUGAAUCGGCUAUCACAGAGCACUGGAAAAUACGUGCUAGAUGGGGUCAUGUCGGUCAUUGAUGUGGAGAAUUGGAAGGGAUAUGAAGACACGAGCUAUACAGCAAAGAUCCAGGCGAAAUACACGGAUCUGAUAGUCUUAAAUAAGUGGGAGCUCGUGAGUGAGAGAAGACUGGAGGACGUAGAGGAUUCUAUUCUGGGGCUGGAACUCGAUCCGCCUAUACCACGGACGAAGAGCGAUAAGGGGUGGGUGGAUAAGGAUAUCAUAUUUGGCUUGGAUGCGAAGCUGGCGAAGGGAAUUGGGAGGAAGGAUAAGCACCACCAUGACCAUGGACAUUCGAGCGAGGUGGAGGUGCUGAGCGUCACGUUAGCAAGUAACGGAGAGAAGACAGGCGUGGAUGUGGAGAAGUUGAGGAAGCUCCUGGAAGAACCCACAAAGGACUUGAUAUACAGGAUAAAAGGGGUCCUCUACUCGUCGACACCCCCGAAAUCCUCGGAUAACACAUCCGCGUCUGCUUUGGAUGUCAACAACGGUCGAGCGAGAUAUAUCCUCAACUGGGCGUUCGGACGCUGGAACUUCACGCAAGUGCCUCCGCCUUCCACAACAACUACUCCACUCGCCUCGGGAACCGCGACUCCUGUUAGCUCUGGGCAGACGACGCCGCUUCCUCCAGGUGAAGAGCCUGAGCUUCGACUGACUGUGGUCACCGCCAAGUAUGAGUCGAACCAGUGGCAGAAACGGAUUGAGACCAGCGGCUUCGUCGCUCUUCAGAAUGGAGGCGAGGGUACAUUGACUGUUCAAAGAAUCCUAUGAGUGCAUUCUAAACGAUACCCCCGGUAUACCAAAAGCACGACGUACCUAGUCAGAGGGGCUGUGAAGUAGGUGACAGACACCAGAUCACCAUAUGCGCCUUUCCGCUCACUGUGCGAGCGCAUGGAAUGUCAUAUUCGAUAUGACGCUUCCUCAUCGAUUCUUGGCUGUCCAGGAUUUUCAUACCCAAGCUGAUCUGCAAGAAACUCUUUACAAUACCGAGCAGCGGGCCCUUGCACUAUCGGUAACAAGUAACGCACUAUAGAGCACCGUACCUGGAUCGGGAGGCGCGGCGUUGCCUUAUACGUAUGAACGCCUCAGAAAUGAGGAAGAUGGAUCGCAAUAAUCGACGUCUCGAAGAGACAGUACCUUUUCUUUCGCCUG